UUUUGUGUGUGUGUGAGAGUGUGUGAAAGGCGCUCGCUCUAAACGCGGACAUGGGUGUUCCUAUCUCCACACAUUUCCACCCAUGUCUUUCUUCCUGCUAGUUCCACUCUGACAUUAAUCAUCUCUCCGAACGAUCGCCGCGACCUUUGCCGCCUUUUUGCUCCACUCGUCAGAAGUUCGGAAGCCGACCAGCCUUCACUUUCACGCGGAUGACUUAUUAUGAAAGGCAGUAAUGGUUGACGGUAGGAGCGCACCGCGGCCACCUCCUUCUUCUUCCCCUUCAUCUCCUCCUGCGUGUUGGAAACAAGUUGAAGCAGCCCCCGGCGCGCUGUCGACCAUGAUGGCUACUGUUCGGAGUUUUUAAAAUCCGACCCAAAAAAAAGGGAAUUAAUGAGCAACCAGGAGCUCGGAGCAACGAUGGCAUCGAAGGAGCGGCUGUACGAGCUGUGGAUGUUGUAUUACACCAAGAAAGAUGUGGCCUAUCUGCAGCAGUGGCUUGAGGCAUUUGUGGUGUCCUUUGAGAGGCUCAUCGACGUGCACUCACUCGAGCCUCGGAGGCCGGUAGAGUGCACCUCCGACGUGCCCCAGCUUCCAAAGGAGGUCCUGUUGUUCCUCAGCACUCAGAUUUGGCAAAGUGCGCUGCACCUAACAGGCAGCCAUGACAGCGACAACAGCAUCCCCCACCCUCUGCUACUCAUGAAGUUCUUCAUCAUCGUCUGCAGAACCAUGGAGAACAUUGACGACGACAAGACCCCUGCUUUUGUUUUUGAAUCCAUAAAGCUUUUGGAUUUCUGUUUUCACCAGAUAAAGAACGGACAGGGGGACCAGUCUGCCCUGCAGUCGGUCGUGCAGUACGGCCUGGUCUUGUUCGAGAGUGUCUUUGACCCUUAUCAGACGUGGAGGAGACAACUGGCAGGGGAGGAGGUGAGCUUGAUGGAGAGGAACAAGUACAAGUUCUCCCCACUGCCUCUUCCAGAGGAGCUGAAUGCUCUUUUACACGAAAGUCUGCAAGACAGUGAGAAGAUACCAGAGCUGCUGAUACUCAGACUGGUUCAUCUCCAAGGAGCUAUCAUCAGUGGGGGGAAGAAGAAUGGCCUCCUCGCCGUCACCCCUCACUCGGCGGAGGACCUCUACUCUGUGCUGCAAGCUUGGUGCUGCCGGGCUUCUCAUCAGUUGAAGGAUGCGUUGCUUCCUCGGCUUACCUUGCAGUGCCUGACCGCAAUGAUCCACCUGGUGCAUUUUAGCAGCCCCUCAGAGCGGCAAGUGGAGAUCAAGACCAUACUGGAGAGUUUCUUCCAGCUCCUCAACUGGAACCGACCGCUGAGCAUCGAGCAGCAGGAUGGGCAAAACUCGGAGGAGAGUCUGAUCUCCCUCCAGAGCAUGAUGCUAACCGCCGUUCCUGAGAUUCUGCACUGUUCGGACCGACCCGCGCUUCAGGCUGUCUUCCUGAACAACAACUGCUUUGAGCACAUCCUCAGGCUCAUACAGAAUAGCAAGCUCUUUCAGAGCAACAGGUUAAGGCCGGCAAGUGAGUGCGACCUCACUCCAAGUUUACUCACAGAGGUCAAGGUGGACCAGGUGCUGGGGAGAGUCUCAGACAGCAUCACAGUGCACGCUUUAGGAGUCCUCACAGCCAUCAUGAGUAACUCUCCAUCUGCCAAGGAGACUUUCAAAGAGAGGAUUGGCUACUCUCAGCUCUUUGACGUGCUGAAAAGUCAAGGUUACCCCACCAAAAGGCUGCUGCAGGAGUUGAUGAACAUGGCAGUAGAGGGCGAGUACGCCCACGCGCACCACUUAGGCAUCAGCAACGAUCAGCCCCUGCUGCUGCUCCUGCAAUGGCUCUCUGAACUGCACAGCCAGAGGGAGCUGCAGCUGCUGGUGGCCCAGUGGCUGGCUACCGUAUGCGGGGGUUCCUUGUCUUGUCGCACUGUGGCGGUGGAGGCGGGCAUGGUCGGGGCGCUCCUGCAGGUGCUCUCGCAGCCGCAGAACUUGGACAGGCAGUGUGCAGACGCCCUUUUGGGCCUCCUGCAGGAUUUGGGAUCACUGUGCGUGAGGCCAGAGGAACUGAAGAGCCUUAUCAGGCUGCUUAGGGUGGACCAGGACAACGGCGUGCAUCCCUUCUGCACUCGCAUCAUUCAAGUUCUCUCGGCGAUGGCGGCACGAGAAGGUCGUGACAGCGCCUUGCAGUACUUUGAUCUCUCACCCCCCAUGGCGGGUAUCAUGGUGCCCACGGUGCAGCGCUGGCCAGGCAGCAGCUUUGCCUUCCAUGCUUGGCUCUGCCUCAACCUGGAGUUCGCCUCUUGUCAGGACGAGGACAAGUCUCCCACCAACUCACUCGCAGCAAGUCAACAUGACAUGGGAAAAGGACCUCGUAGGAAGCAGCUCUACAGUUUCUUUACAGCUAGUGGAACUGGACUGGAAGCCUUCUUUACAAUGGAGGGUGUGCUGGUUGUGGCUGUUUGCACUAAGAAGGAUUACAUGGCUGUCGCCCUGCCGGAACUCCCACUGGCUGACUCACGCUGGCAUGCAGUUGCCAUAGUCCACAUUCAAGGCCGUCGCCCUUUCGGUCAGAACCUGGUCAACAUCUUCAUUGAUGGAGAGCUGUAUAAAACCACUCAGCUUCGAUUUCCAUCCUUGAGUGAGCCGUUUACUUCCUGCUGCAUCGGCUCUGCAGGCAACCGCACCACUACCACCACCACCUCGCCCAAUCUACCUACAUCCGUAUCCUCCGGACAGUCUCCAGAAUUUGCGUUUCCCCCCAACAGCCCCAACCUCUUCCGUUCCCAGUCCUUUCCAGCCUCCUCCGCAUCGGGCCGCUGGGGUGACUGCCCCGUGCACACCAUCCCAGCGGGACUGCAGGACACCAACUGGGGAACACCCAGCUCUCUGGAUGGCCUCCUGGGCAGUGCCUUUAUCUGCCAUGAGGCUCUGCAGCAGGCCCAGAUCAGAGCUCUAUACGCUGCAGGCCCCAAUCAUGUGUCCUUAUUCAAAGCGGAUGGAGAGUUGUCAGAGCUCAAUAGCAAGCUUUUGCUCUACUACACUCCUCAGGCAUUCAAGAGCCAGAUAUGUCAAGAUCUGUCCCCCAAUCAUCAAUAUGAUGGCAGGCUAACAGGACACAGAGUGGUCAACUGGGACAUUAAGGAUGUCAUCAACGUGGUGGGAGGUGUAGAGGUCCUGCUACCACUCCUUGAGCAAGUAUGCGAGGCUGAGCAGGUUUACAGCGCCAGUCAGGAGAUUUCAGAACUGCUCGGGCAAGAGCUGAGUACGUCGCGCGGCCCGGCCACCAUGUUGCUGCCACUCAACCAGUCUUCAGAAACAAGACUAGAGAGGAACAGCAUUGCAGCCUACUUGCUGAUGCUGAAGAACAUGCUGCGCCGUCACCCUGUCAAUCAGGAAGGCCUGCUUCAGUGCCACGGGCCCAGUAUCAUAGGAGCCAUGCUCUGCAAAGUUCCAGGCAGCAAGAUGGACCUGAAUGUUUUGACUGCAUGUCAGCUGUUACUUGAGCAGGUUUUCAAUGAGGGAAACAGCCCACUUCUGCAGCAGCUCUACCAGCACCUGCUCUUUGAUUUCCGCAUCUGGACCAGAAGCCAUUUUUCGGUUUGUCAGGCUCACGUCCGGUACAUUUCCACUGUUAUACACAAAGGAAAGCAGCGCUUGAAGAGGAAGUACGGAGUCCAGUACAUUCUUGACACCAUUCGCACGUACUACAGUGUGGAAAAAGAUGGCAGCUCUCUCUCAGAUGAAAAGCAGAACAUUCAGACGUUGUUGUUUGAGCUGCUCAAAGACUUACUCAAGUCUCCGACACCAGAGGAGCUUCACAGUGUCCUCGCUUACGUGCUGAGUGCAGGAGAGGAGCGGCAGGUGGUGAAGGCCCUGGAAGUGCUGUACGAGCUCUUGCGGAGCAGCCCUCCUCGAGAGCAGGUGCAGGUCGUCUUGGUGGACUGGGGAGUGGAGCAGCUUUACAGCCUUCUGCUCAACACCAGCUUCCAAGACCAAGCCAGAGAGAGUGUGUUUAGGGUUUUGUAUAAAAUCCUCAAGAGUGAGCGUGUGUCCGAGCGCAACAAACAGCGCAUCAAACUAAAGGACUUUGGAUAUCUUGGCCUAGUGUUUUUCCUGGAAGACAUUCCUGUAACAAUGACGACUGUGCGAUGUCUGUACGAGCAAGUCAUUGCCACAGAUGCAAGCCCUAACUUCAAAGACCUCCUAGCUGUGGUGUGUCUAUCCCACCGCGCUGAUCUCACUGUCCGCUUGGAUGUCUGUCGCAAGCUCUUCCAUCUCAUCUACCUCAGCGAGGACUACGUGAAGCAGCUCGCCAAGCAGCCUGGAUGGCAGGACGUCCUCACGAAGCUUUAUAUCAAAGAGUCCUAUGCUGCCAGCAUUGCAGGCUCUAUGUCCAUGGAGCAGAACUUCCGGCCCCCAUUGCGUAGAGAGCAGAAUCUGAUCAUCGAGGACACCCAGACGGACAUUUUCCUAAGCUACGGCAUCUCGCAGGAGGUAGAUGAUGAUGACGAAGUGGAGGACUGCGGCCAGCAGGACAUUCAUGAAGAAUUCACAGGUUUAUCCCAGUCACUGCCUUAUGGAGUCGGAGGCCAGCUGAAGAACUUCUCCGGCUGCCUGCAGUUUACGUCGUUGGAUUCGGCGGACCAGGAAAGUCACUCGUCCUCCCUCUUCCAUACCAAUGCGAUUGAUCUCGCCUCGUCCCGCCCCGAUGAGGAAGGGCACGAUUACCAUCCCCUCUCCCCAUUUGGAAUGUCACCUUUUGACUUGGAGCUGGGCAGCAGUAGUGAGACGGUCACCCCAGCAGGGAGCCUCACUGACACGCCGUCACCUCUGGAGCUCAGCAAACCCUUUCCAGCACCGAGACAAAGGAAGAGCUCCAGUCUGUCCAAUGUUCUGGACCACACCAGUUACGGAACUGACCCUCCGACGGCGGACACCAUCUCCAACACGUCCAACCCACAGCAGACGCCAGAAGAGGAGCUGUGCAACCUGCUCACCAACAUCAUCUUCUCUGUGCUUUGGAGCGGCAGCAAGGCGGACGUGUCCGAGGAUGUAGUCUGGAGAGAGAGAGGACAGGUCUUUUCUGUUCUCACUAAACUGGGUUCUUCCUGCCAGUUGGUUCGUCCGCCUGAUGACAUCAAACGCAGUCUCCUGGAGAUGAUGCUGGAAUCGUCUUUAUCCGACCUGAGGGACGCCCAAGGAGUCUUUCUGCCCUUCUGUCCCGGCCUGGUGAGACUCCUCAGGCUCCUGCAGGAUUUCCUCUUUGCAGAGGGGACAGACAAUAACGCGCUGUGGAGUGAAAAGAUCUUUGAGGGGGUGGUGAACCUGCUGGACAAGUUGCAAGCCUGGCAUAGCACCCCUGUCAGCCCCGGCGGAAACGAACUAAUGGAAAUGGCGCAGAUCGGCCUGCGGAUCAUCACCGGCUACAUCCAACAGCAACAGUCACAGGUGUGUGAGAUGGCCUUUGUGAAGCUGCACAGCCUGCUGCAGACUGUCUUGAGUCUCAGCUGGCAGGAGGUGUGCUUCCUUUUGGGCCGCCUUGGCGUCCCCUUGUGGCCAGAUAAGGCUCAGGGGGAGACAGACAGUGACAACAGUGAGCAUGCCGAGAUGUUCUCCCGGGUGGUGCCGGUCGUGCGCGCCCUCCUGGACCAGCACGCAGACCGGAACACAGUCCAGCAGCUGCUCCCUAACCUACCCACCACCAAUGGCAGCACCACCUUUGCCCAGGACCUGAAGGCCUACAGCCACACGUCGGAGUGGCAAGACUUUUACCAGCAGCAGGUCCGGCCUACGAUGGAGCAGUACGAGUUGGACACGUUUGGCCGCAGUCAUGACAUCAUGUCUAACUUCUGGAAUUCCUGCUUCGAUGACCUGAUGAGUACGGCCUUCAGACGGGACAAAAACAGAUCGGACAGCAAAGCAAAGUUCCAGGAAAUGAUCGUUGACCCCUACCUGAAGCGUGUCCGCAGCGAGAACGGCCGCUACGUCAGCUGGCAGAAGCAGAGCUCCAGCCAGCAGGGGGUGGUGUGGCAGCACUGGAGAGCUCUGCGGAGGCUUUUGACCAGCGAGAGAGCGGCGUGGGCCAAGAAAAUCCAGCCUGAAGCCAAGUGGAUUCUGUCCAGCGCAGAGACGUAUUCAAAAAUGCGUUUCAAGCUUGUCCCCAAUCACCACUAUGACCCUCACACCGAGGCUAGUGCCCAAAGGGACAACAUGGGAGCACACAGUCCGCAUAGUUCCGAGCUUCUCACUUUGGCUGUCGCAAAAGAAGCUAAAGUAAGCGACAUGGAGGACGACCAGUUGGGCGAAGAGGAUCUCGUCUUUUUAGACAACAAUACAUUCAGGGCAGAGGCAGAAGAUGAGAGCCAGAAGGAGAAGCUGGUUUUGUCCGAAGACUGCGAACUCAUCACCAUCGUUGACGUGGUUCCAGGCCGCCUGGAGGUCACCACGCAUCACAUUUACUUCUACGACGGCAACAUCGAGAAAGUGGAAACGGAGGAAGGAAUUGGAUUCGACUUCAAGAGACCUCUUUCUCAGCUAAGAGAGGUCCAUUUGCGGCGCUACAACCUGCGCCGUUCUGCACUGGAGCUAUUCUUCAUCGACCAGGCUCACUACUUCAUCAACUUCAAAAAGAAGUUACGAAAUAAAGUAUAUUCAAGGAUUCUGGGUCUGCGACCUCCCAACCUGUUUUACUUUGGUUCCCGUUCGCCUCAAGAGCUCCUCAAGGCUUCGGGACUCACACAGAAAUGGGUCUGCAGGGAAAUCUCCAAUUUUGAAUAUUUGAUGCAACUCAACACCAUCUCUGGACGCACUUACAAUGACCUAUCGCAAUAUCCUGUGUUCCCCUGGAUACUCUGCGACUACACCUCUCCUAUUCUGGACCUUGAGGACCCGGCAGUUUUCCGAGACUUGUCUAAACCUGUCAGUGUGGUCAACGCUCGCCACGCACAGGCCGUCAAAGAAAAGUAUGAAAGCUUUGAGGAUCCGACGGGCACCAUCGACAAAUUCCACUACGGCACACACUACUCCAACGCAGCAGGAGUCAUGCACUACAUGAUCCGAAUGGAGCCCUUUACCACGCUGCACAUUCAGCUGCAGAGUGGCAGGUUCGACUGCGCAGAUCGACAGUUCCACUCGGUGGCAGCAGCUUGGCAGGCUCGCAUGGAGAGUCCGGCUGAUGUCAAAGAGCUCAUCCCGGAGUUCUUCUACUUCCCAGAAAUCCUGCAAAACAUGAAUGGCUUUGACCUGGGAUGCUUACAGAUAUCUCAGGAGUCGGUUGAGGACGUUCUGCUGCCUCGCUGGGCCUCAUCGAGGGAAGACUUCAUCAGAAAGCACAGGAAAGCUUUGGAAAGUGAGCAUGUGUCAAGUCAUUUGCACGAGUGGAUCGAUCUGAUCUUUGGCUACAAGCAGAGAGGAGAGGAAGCAGUGAAAGCCCUCAAUGUCUUCUACUACUGCACAUAUGAAGGUGCUGUGGAUUUGGAUGCCAUUGCUGAUGAGACGGAACGCAAGGCACUUGAAGGCAUCAUUAGCAACUUUGGGCAGACGCCUUGCCAACUCCUGAAAGAACCUCACCCGCCACGUAUGUCUGCGGCAAAUGCAUCAAGGCGUCAGUCGCGCCUGGACACCCUACCUGUUAAUAUCUUCGAGCACCUUGAUAAGCUACGGCCGUUUGUAGAGGUGGUGAGCGAUGAUGUUCCUCUAGUCCAGGCAGUCGUACCAAAGAACCAAAACCGAUCCUUCAUCAUCCACGGCUCAGAUAUUCUGGUGACCGUGAGCUCAAACGGCUUGAUAGGAACACACAGCUGGCUGCCGUAUGACAAGAACAUCGCCAAUUACUUCACCUUCACCAAAGACCCAGCCAUUACUAAUCCCAAGACACAGCGUUUCCUGGGCGGGCCUUUUUCACCCGGCGUGGAGCUUAGCGCCCAGGUGCUGGUGGUGUCCAAUGAUGGACGCCUACUCUUUAGCGGAGGACACUGGGACGGCAGCCUGCGGGUCACCCAGCUGGGCAAAGGCAAGCUGGUGGGCAGGAUCUGCCGGCACAUUGAUGUUGUGACUUGCUUGGCUCUGGAUCUCUGUGGCAUCUACCUCAUCUCUGGUUCAAGGGACACGUCCUGUAUCGUGUGGCAGGUUCUACAGCAGGGCGGUUUCUCCAGCACGCUGUCCCCUCGGCCCGUUCAGGUGCUGUCUGGACACGAUGAGGAGGUUACCUGUGUGGCCAUCAGCACGGAACUGGACAUGGCCGUCUCAGGGUCAAAGGAUGGGACCGUGAUCGUGCACACGAUCAGAAGAGGUCAGUUCCUUAGAACGCUGCGGCCUCCAGGUGAGCCUUACUACAUCUCCAAGCUCCAGGUGGGCAUGGAGGGCCACAUUGUGGUGCAGACUUCUCAAGAGAAGCGCUCCAAUCAUAGGACGGACAAGUACUCCAUCCAUGUUUACUCGGUCAAUGGCGGCCUCUUGUCCUCCUUCACCACGGAGGAGCAAGUCAGCGCUCUCCACCUGGUGUCUGAAUACGUCAUCCUGGGCACCAUGCAGGGCAGAUUACACAUUCUAGAUCUGUGCAGGCUGGUUGCUGCUAUCCCACCUUUGGCCUUGAAGGUGCCUGUGAGGAGCGUGUUCGUCACCAAAGAGAACAGCCACAUCCUGGUGGGACUGGAGGACGGCAAGCUCAUUGUGGUGGGGGCAGGGAAGCCUUUGGAGGUUCGCUCAGGACAAUUCUCCCGCCGCCUGUGGGGGUCCACGCGCCGCAUCUCCCAGGUGUCUGCGGGCGAGACGGAAUACAACCCCAAGACCGAGGCCGCGGGCAAAUGAUGAGACGCUCUUAAAAGGACGCUCAUUAUGGCUUUCUUCUUACAAGCCUGCGAGGACUUCCUUAAAACGCCUGUGAGGAACUGAACACUCAGCACUUUUUUGUCAUUUUUGCUUUUCUAAUUCAAGAAGAGUUUUAUAUUUGAUUGUGCACUGUCUGUUUUUAAUCAGCAUCAUUCCAAAGACUGCACACACACACACACACACACACACACAAAAUGUCACUCUUUUCCAGUUGCUGUGCCAAUUCUUGCUAACAGCAAAGUAGAAAAACGUUUUUUUGUUCCAUCAUGCAAUGCCGGUGACCACCACCAGAGGGCCACUUGUUCCUCCUCAUGCACCACAGUGGCCUGCAGCAAACAACCUUGCUUUCUUUCAAGAAGGUUGUUUACAAGUAAAACAACAACAACAACAAAAAACAUGCUUUAAAGUAUGUAAUAAUUUCACUUUAUGUAGUACAUGUUGAAGAUUGGAUGCAAUGGAGUUGGGGGGUGGGUGGGGUGUUUGUUACAUUGCACAAUGAAGUAAAGUGCUGUUGUGAUUCUCUAUAUCAUGGGUGUCAAACUCAAAUUUGGUCCGCCGUGUAAUUUCACUUGGCCCUUGAGGCGAUAUCAAAUUAACACUAGAGCUGGCCCGCUGAUUAUAUACAGCGGCGGUGCUGCGGUACACCGCUAAUUCUCAUACUUGCCAAACCUCCCGGGAGACUCCUAAAUUUCAGUGCCCCUCCCGAAAAUCGUCACGUCCCCUUUUCGUCCAGUUCAACGAGUAUUGGCCCAGUCACAUAUGUGCGGCUUAGGCACGCACACAGAAAUGAACGCAAAGCAUACUUGAUCAACAGCGAUACAGGUUACACUGUGUGAGUGUAAAAAA